CUUCCAGUCGAAUCAGAGCCGCUCAUGGUAUCCCAGAAAGUUCAAUCGCUGAUAUUAUCCUUGGCUACUUUUGCUUUCGUAGGGGAUGCAGCGCCUCCGAGCAAAAUAGUCAAUGGAUGGGACGCCUUGCCAGGACAGUUCCCUCAUCAGGUGUCCAUUCAGCAGGGAAAUUCUCAUUUCUGUGGAGGCAGCAUCAUCGACGCAAUGUACAUUCUGACAGCUGCCCAUUGUGUUUUUGAUGCAAACGACAGAAUGCUUCGUCCUGAAAGUAUUCGAAUCGUCACAGGUGUCAUCGAUUAUCGAGCUGCUAAUUACGAAAAUACAUUCCCUGUAGCCAUGAUCAUCCCUCACCCACAUUAUAAUUCGUUGGUGUUGAUGAAUGAUAUUGCUAUUGUGAAGUUGGCUCGUCCUAUUCCCUUCAACUCUUUUCAAAAAUCCAUUCGCCUGCCAACAGAAGACACUUCCCCUGGUACCGCUGCUAUAACUAGUGGUUGGGGAGCUAUAUGGGGAAUUACAUCAUUCAGAAAGGGUCCUUUAUCGAGGUAUUUGCAACAAAUUGGGAUGAUGACUCUCAGCCGAAGUGAAUGUGCCAGAGAGCAUGGAGAGGAAUUAUUUCCAGGACAAUUGUGCGCCACUCGUACUCCAGGAACAGGAACCUGUUUCGGUGACAGUGGCAGUCCUCUUAUCAGCAAUGGUGAAAUCAUAGGAAUUACUUCCUCCGGAAAGGAUGGUUGUGCUGGUCAAUACCCAGAUGUUUUCACCUACGUCCACUUUUACCUGGCGUGGAUUCACAAAGUCUUGGCACAGUAUGAACGUGAUCUUGUUGAUACAGGGGGAUAUGCCGGGCCUCCAUCGAGGAUCAUCAAGGGUCAGCAUGUCACUAAGGGAGAGCUUCCCUAUCACGUGCAGCUGCGAAAAUCCGAUGCUUAUUUAUGCGGAGGAAGCAUCCUCGAUGCCACCCACAUCCUGACUGCAGCGCACUGUGUAGUCUCUGAUACUGAAGGAGUCAAUAAACCUGAGGAAAUUGAAGUAAUCGUGGGCUCUCUCUUCAUUGAUUCAAGAACCAUCCAAAAUGAAAAUGCCUUCGCUGUUUCCGAAAUCACUUAUCAUCAGGACUAUAAUCCCGCGACUGUUCGGAAUGUCCACCAUUUAGCUGACAUCGCUGUUCUGAAGUUGGAGAAACCUAUUUCCUUCAAUCGUUAUCGCGCCCCGAUUAAUCUACCAAGGAAAGAACCACCUUCUGGUGCAUCAGUUGUCGCCAGCGGAUGGGGAGUCACCUAUCAUGAUGGCAAGAACAGCAGAAGUCCAAACUGGUUACAGAAAUUGAAGAUGAAGAUUGUCAGCCUGGAUGACUGUAAAGCAGCUUAUCCUGGUGGCGCGAGUGAAGGACAUAUUUGUGCUUUAGGAGCUCCAGGAUCCGCUGUUUGUUUUGGCGAUAGUGGCGGUCCGUUGGCUUACAACAACGAAGUCAUUGGUGUUGUUUCUUGGGGCAGUGGAUGCAUCCAAAGAAGUCCAGACGUAUUCACAAGUGUGGUAUAUUAUAGUGACUGGAUUAAAUGGGCCAUGAAAUAUCACUGAAUAUAACAAUUUUUAAAACAUCCAUUGGUUUUUUAUUUUAUUGAAUCUCUUCAAAACCCCAGAGGGUAUCAUCUGAAGCUUGCAGAAAUGAAGCUUUAGAUGGAAAGGGUUGGGAUCUGAAGUCCGCAUGUACUAUCUAUCGAACGUGAACUUCAAAGUAUUUAAAAGUCUUUGAAAACGAAAAUAAAACCGCAGUCGUUUUCUUCUGAAAAUCAAAACGUUGAUAGAGAUAUAUUUUU